AUGAAUAUGACAGUUGUCUACUACAACAGUGCUCUGCAAGGGGAGAAAGAACUUGCACCAGAAUUUUCUCUUCAGCAACGGGUAGCAGAAUUGGAAAAAAUUAAUGCAGAAUUUUUACGUGCAAAGCAGCAGCUUGAGCAAGAAUUUAAUCAAAAGAGAGCAAAAUUUAAAGAGUUGUAUUUGGCUAAAGAGGAGGAUCUGAAGAGGCAAAAUGCAGUUUUACAAGCUGCACAAGAUGAUUUGGGACAUCUUCGGACACAGCUGUGGGAAGCCCAAGCAGAGAUGGAAAAUAUCAAGGCCAUUGCCACGGUGUCUGAGAAUACCAAGCAAGAAGCUAUAGAUGAAGUGAAACGACAGUGGAGAGAAGAAGUUGCUUCACUUCAGGCUGUUAUGAAAGAAACAGUUCGUGACUAUGAGCAUCAGUUCCACCUUAGGCUGGAGCAGGAGCGGACACAGUGGGCACAGUAUCGAGAAUCCGCAGAGAGAGAAAUAGCUGAUUUAAGGAGAAGGCUGUCUGAAGGUCAAGAGGAGGAAAAUUUAGAAAAUGAAAUGAAAAAGGCCCAAGAGGAUGCUGAAAAACUUCGGUCUGUUGUGAUGCCUAUGGAGAAGGAAAUUGCAGCUUUGAAAGAUAAACUGACAGAGGCUGAAGACAAGAUUAAAGAGCUGGAGGCCUCAAAGGUUAAAGAACUGAAUCAUUAUCUGGAAGCUGAGAAGUCUUGUAGGACUGAUCUGGAGAUGUACGUGGCUGUUUUGAAUACUCAGAAAUCUGUUUUACAGGAAGAUGCUGAGAAACUUCGGAAAGAAUUGCAUGAAGUAUGCCAUCUCUUGGAGCAAGAGCGACAGCAGCACAACCAGUUGAAACACACGUGGCAGAAGGCCAAUGACCAGUUCCUGGAAUCUCAGCGUUUGCUAAUGAGGGACAUGCAGCGAAUGGAAAUUGUGCUAACUUCAGAACAGCUCCGACAAGUUGAAGAACUGAAGAAGAAAGAUCAGGAGGAAGAUGAACAACAAAGAAUUAGUAAGAGAAAGGAUCAUAAAAAAACAAAUGUUGAGGAAGAAGUAAAAAUACCAGUAGUGUGUGCUUUAACUCAUGAAGAAUCUUCAGCCCAGUUAUCAAAUGAGGAGGAGCAUUUAGAUAGCACCCAUGGUUCAGUCCAUUCUUUAGAUGCAGACUUACUGUUGCCAUCCGGGGAUCCAUUCACUAAAUCAGACAAUGACAUGUUUAAAGAUGGACUCAGGAGAGCACAGUCUACAGACAGCUUGGGAACCUCAGGCUCACUGCAAUCCAAAGCUUUAGGCUAUAACUGCAAAGCAAAAUCUGCUGGGAACCUGGACGAAUCAGAUUUUGGACCGUUGGUAGGAGCAGAUUCGGUGACUGAGAACUUUGAUACCGCCUCCCUUGGGUCACUGCAAAUGCCAAGUGGGUUUAUGUUAACCAAAGAUCAGGAAAGAGCAAUCAAGGCAAUGACACCAGAACAAGAAGAAACGGCAUCCCUCCUGUCUAGUGUCACACAGGGUAUGGAAAGUGCUUAUGUGUCUCCCAGUGGUUAUCGCUUAGUCAGUGAGACAGAAUGGAAUCUCCUGCAGAAAGAGGUACAUAAUGCUGGAAAUAAACUUGGUAGACGUUGUGAUAUGUGUUCCAAUUAUGAAAAACAGUUACAAGGAAUUCAGAUUCAAGAGGCUGAAACAAGAGACCAGGUGAAAAAGCUACAGGUGAUGCUAAGGCAAGCAAAUGACCAGUUAGAGAAGACAAUGAGAGAUAAACAGGAGCUGGAAGACUUCAUAAAGCAAAGCACUGAAGAUUCAAGUCACCAGAUCUCUGCACUUGUCCUAAGAGCCCAAGCAUCUGAGAUCUUACUUGAAGAGUUACAACAGGGGUUUUCCCAGGCAAAGAGGGAUGUUCAGGAACAGAUGGCAGUGCUGAUGCAGUCACGGGAACAGGUUUCAGAAGAGCUGGUGAGGUUACAGAAAGAUAAUGACAGUCUUCAGGGAAAGCAUAGCUUGCAUGUAUCAUUACAACAAGCAGAAGACUUCAUUCUCCCAGACGCUAUAGAGGCCCUCCGGGAGUUGGUAUUAAAAUACCGUGAGAACAUCAUUAAUGUGCGGACAGCAGCAGAUCACAUGGAAGAAAAACUGAAGGCUGAAAUACUUUUCCUGAAAGAGCAGAUUCAAGCAGAACAGUGUUUAAAAGAAAACCUCGAAGAAACUCUGCAGCUAGAAAUAGAAAACUGCAAGGAAGAAAUAGCUUCCAUUUCUAGCCUAAAAGCUGAAUUAGAAAGAAUAAAAGUAGAAAAAGGACAGUUGGAGUCCACAUUAAGAGAGAAGUCUCAACAGCUUGAGAGCCUUCAGGAGAUGAAGAUCACUUUGGAAGAACAGUUAAAGAAAGAAACUGCUGCUAAGGUUACUGUUGAACAACUAAUGUUUGAAGAGAAGAACAAAGCUCAGAGGUUGCAGACAGAACUAGAUGUCAGUGAACAAGUCCAGAGAGAUUUUGUAAAGCUUUCUCAGACCCUUCAGGUGCAGUUAGAGCGGAUCCGGCAAGCAGACUCCUUGGAGAGAAUCCGGGCAAUUCUGAACGAUACCAAACUGACAGACAUUAACCAGCUCCCUGAGACAUGACACCCUCAUGGCAGGGCUCUAGCCUGCACUUUGGGUUUUUAACUCAUCUUUAGAGCAACAUUAAUUACUAUUUAACUCUUAACUGAAGAAGAAGUCACACACAGAAAAAGGAAGACUGGAGAAAUGCUUGAUUCUAGUGGGGAGACUGUGCAGCACGGAGCAGCAAACAGCCAGGGUAAUUUGCAGCAAAAAAGACCU